AAAGCAAUAAACCUUUCUUCAAAUAUUUCUCCUUCUUUUCAAUUUCUAACAUGAUUGAAUUGUUUAUCCUCGAUUCUCAGACCCUUUCUGAGGUGAUAUUAAAUCUUUUUAAUGCUUCUACUGCCUUAUCUACUGCUCCGGGUACCAAACCUUGGUAUUUCGAUUCUGGUUGUUGUAACCAUAUGUCUUCAAUUACUGCUCAUUUCUCUUCAAUGUCACCUAAUAAUUCCUUUCCUGAUAUUUAUUCUGCUGAUGGUUCCCCUAUGAAUGUUAGUUACAUUGGUAAUGUUUCUACAAAGACACAGACAGGACAACUUCUUGGAACUGGUCGCAAGGUGGGGCGUUUGUUUGAGCUCAACUAUCUACAUAUUCUUGAUAAUAAAAUGGAUACACCAUCAUUUCCAAAUGAUCGAUUCAUCCAAACCCUGCUUUGUGCUAUUGAAUUAGAGUCUUUGCAAAUUCCAUAUCAACAGAUCCUCCAAGUCUGUGCUGCUACUAACACUUCUCCUCUCCAUUUGUGGCACUCACGACUUGGACACACCUCUGUCGGUAAACUUCGUCCACUUAUCUCUCGUGGUUUAUUAGGAUCAGUUCCGAAUGAAUCUGUGCAUUGUGUGUCAUGUCAAUCUGCAAAACAACCAGCUUUAUCUUUUUCGAGUAGUCAUUCUCAUUCUACUGCUCCUUUUGAUCUUGUGCAUUCUGAUGUUUGGGGUCCAUCUCCUACACCCACCACGGGGGGUUCCAGGUACUUCGUGUUAUUUAUUGAUGAUCAUACUCGUUUUACCUGGAUAUACCUUAUGAAAAGUCGCUCUGAAUUAUCACAAAUUUAUAUUGAUUUUGCUACCAUGAUCAAAACUCAGUUCUCUAAAAUUAUCAAAGUUUUGAGAACUAACAAUGCUACUGAAUAUCUUGAUACUAAACUUCAAUCCUUUUUGAAAGAACAAGGUACACUGCCACAACAAUCUUGUCCUUAUACUUCUGAACAAAAUGGGCGAGCCGAACGCAAAAACAAACACAUCCUUGAUUCUGUUCGUGCUCUGCUCAUUUCAUCCUCUUGUCCAGAGCGAUUUUGGGGUGAGGCUGCUCUUACAGCUGCUUAUCUUAUUAAUCACAUUCCAUCAUCAGUCCUUAAUAACCAGUCCCCAUAUGAGCGUCUACAUGGUACAUCUGAUGAGCUCUACAAUGCCUCACCACAUGCUCCAACUAGUUCUGUAGAAGAUGAUCUGCCUGCUGGUAAUGCAUUAGAUACUUUUGAGCCUUCUUCUACUUCCUUGUCUACAAAUGAACCUGUUGUCCCAUCCUCGAGUCAUCCUACUCGGGUAAGAAAGCCUCCAAACUACCUUCGUGAUUAUCAUUGUUUUCCUGCUAUUACUUCGUUACAUGAGCCUCAAUCCUAUCAAGAGGCCUCUUCUAACCCUCUUUGGCAACAAG